AUGUCCUUCCUCGGUUUACGUUUCAAGGAAGUUAUAGUUAGCUCGUCCGGACACGCGACCACGCAACAGGAACAAGAAUCUUCAGCUCGUCCACGGCGGAGCAAGAGCAAAUUUGGCUGUCGAGAAUGCAAGGCAAGGCGGGUCAAAUGCGAUGAGGCCUAUCCGACAUGCAAGCGGUGCCAGCGUCAAGGCAUUGUCUGCUCGUCAGCCCCACGAUUGACACAGUGGCAGAUUGAGACGCCCUGGCUCUCACUGCAACCAAAAACGUUCGUUAACCGAAGACUAUUGCAAUAUUGGCUCGAGAAAGUCAGCCAAACACUGGUCAUAGAUCCUGAAAAUAAUCCUUUUUCAUUUCCCGCUCUGGAAUAUAUUGCCCAGUCAUCCGCACUCCUCCAUGCUAUCCAGUCGGUCAGUGCCAGCCACGAGCAGUAUUUCUCGGCCAACACCCCCAUUAUCGCCCUUGAGGAACGUGGCAAAGCCAUAGCCUGCCUUCGGAAAGAGAUAAACCAAAGUCAACACGCGCCUAACGCACUCAUUCUGACUAUUAUGUUACUGGCUCUCGCGCAAUGCGCUGAUUCUGACACGAAAGAUUAUGGCAAGCAGCAUUUAUUUGCUACCCGCGCCAUGAUCCACAGUAUGCUCCAGAACACAUCUAUGUUGGCUACUAAUGGCCCUGCGAUCCAGCUCUGCCUCGGAAUGUAUCUUUAUUGGGACAUGUGCAGUUCGUUCCUGGUAGACCCAUGUGAGUCACAGGGGCUCAACUCACUUAACAUAUCCAAUGCAGUGCAUAGGAUGGGAGACUGGCAUCAUCCGAUGUACGGAACAUGCAGCGGAUUACUCCUUAUCAUGGCAAAUGUCGGACGGUAUUGCCGACAGAUCCUUGACUCGCCACAGAACCGCAACUUCGUGCAAGAAGCCGUGUUGGAGGCCCAGCUUACUACCUGGAAGACAAGCCCCGCAAAUCCCCGCCUGGGCCACUUAUAUGAGGCGUUCCGCAACCACGGGCUCAUUUUCCUUUAUCGAGCCGGUGCGCAUGCACAAAGUAGUUGCCUCAUGGAUCCAGAUUCGUCUGAAGCGCAAGAGUCUUUGAUUCAACAAUACGCCGAAGAAACAGUCCGCCAUUUGAUGCAAAUCCCUGCAACCUCACACUACCUUAAUUUCCAAUCUCUCCCUCUCCUCACAGUUGGGUCCGAACUGACGGAAUCGAAUCAAUCUCUGCGCGAUCAAGUGCGCGACAGGCUUCGAGCCAUCUACUCUUUGAAUCGCCUUCCUGCAAAUCUGCUGGCCCUUCGACUUCUUGAAGAGCUCUGGGAUGCCCGAGACCGCGGCAACCCAUCAUUCUGGCUACCGCACAUGCUACAGAAGGAUUGGCGAUUACUUCUAGGAUGA